CCACAAUACGUCUUUUAUUACUGCCUUCUUUCUCCCAUCCCAAUUCCGAGUUUCUUCCCGUGCUGCAGCUCAUUCUCUGACUCCCAUUUAUAAAUUCGUCGCAGUCCAUUCCAUCGUCCGCCCCCGCUUCCCCUAAUUGCCAUCAACAACGCUCUCCCCAAAGGAAAGACCGUCGAUUUUGGUGAUCGGUCGAGCCGUUUCGGUGGGAGAGAAAGAUGAUUCAGCUGUUGUUUGCGCUGCUGUCGGCGGAGGUGGCGAUGGUGGUGCUGCUGCUGUUCAAGACGCCGCUGCGGAAGCUGGCCACCCUGGGGCUCGACCACCUCAAGCGCGGGCGCGGGCCCGUCAUGGUCAAGACCGUGGCCGGCACCGUCCUCCUCGUCCUGGCCUCCAGCGUCUACAGCAUGGUCGAGAUCCGCGGCCGCUUCACCGAGAUUGGCUCUCUCACGCCCACCGAUCAGGUCCUCAUGAGCCAGAACCUCCUCGAGGCCUCCCUCAUGGGAUAUUCUCUAUUCCUUGCACUGAUAAUUGACCGACUGCAUCAUUAUAUUAGAGAACUACGGAGGUUAAGAAAGAGCAUGGAGGCUGUAAUGAAACAAAACAGGGCCUUAGAAGAAACAAAAAAUGGGGGUUCAGAUGAAUUAAAAUCACGAGACAAGGAGGUCACCAAUUUGAACGAACAGAUCAAACAGCUGAAACUGGAGUUAGAGGCAAGGACUAAGGAGGCAAAGGCAGCAGAAGCAAGUGCAACAGCUCUAAAGAAACAGUCUGAAGGGUUUCUUCUUGAAUAUGACCACCUUUUGGAGGACAACAAGAAUCUUCGAAACCAAUUGCAGUCAAUUGAUCUCAGGUUGUCACAUGCUGAUAGCAAGAAGAACCCUUGAGAUCAUGGUGGGAGCCUCAUGGGAGUCUCAAAUCCAAAUGACCUCCACAAGACAUUGCAUCUUCUCGAUAAGCCUCCAAGUUCGCUUGCUGGAGUUAAACAUCGAUGGAUUUGAUAUCUGACCCAUGAAAGAUUGUUUUGAAAGGCAGAAGCUCUCGUUGGCCAGAUCGAGCUGCAGCCAAUUCAGUUAUUUGUCAUGAACUCUAAGUUGUUCACAAACAACUUGUUGAAGGAAAUUAGUGAGACAGUGAGGUCUAUGAGGCUUGCUUAUAUAUUCUUUAGGCUAAUUUUUGCUCAAUUUGAUAGUUGAAACAAAUUCUUCUCUGCAUGUAAGUAUCUAUAAUAGUAUUUAUAGAUAAUUUAGAAACUCAAA